AUGGGAGGGAGCCCGGCUAGUCCGCUGGCGCACAACCAGCAGGGUGGCUCUGACGACGGCCUCGGCGGAUCCCCUCUCAGCUCAUCUGACAGACGCUGCCGGACGCCUGGGAGGUUGCUUCUCAGCUUCUUGGAGCAGUGGUGGAGGAAGCAGGUGCGGAAAUGGGCGGGGAGCACAACCCCGGCGAGCCAGCGUGGGGACCUCGUGAUGACCCAGUCUUCUGUCUCCAUGGCUGUGUCUCCAGGAGAGGCUGUCACCAUGAGCUGCAAGUCCAGUCAGGGUAUUAGCAACAAUGUAGACUGGUACCAGCAGAAACCAGGACAGGCUGCUUGGAUACAAGCCUGGCUGCUCAGACUCUUAUUAAUGGGGCUUCCCUUUUUAGUGGGGCAUGAGUGCCUCAGACAGAUGAGCAAGAUGGUGCCACAGUCCCAAUCCCUCAUCCUCCUGGUGCUCUGGGUCUCAGGUGCAAGUGGGGACAUCGUGAUGACCCAGUCUCCAGCCUCUCUGGCUGUGUCUCCAGGAGAGACCAUCACCAUCAACUGCAAGUCGAGUCAGAGUAUUUUUUACAGCUCCAACCAGAACUUCUUAGCCUGGUACCAAAAGAAAACUGGACAGGCCCCUAAACUGCUCAUCUCCUGGGGAUCCACCAGGGCAUCUGGGGUCCCCAACAGAUUCACUGGCAGUGGGUCUGGGACAGAUUUCACUCUCGCCAUCAGUAAGUUCCAGCCUGAGGAUGUGGCAGAGUAUUACUGUCAGCAACACUACAGCUCUCCUCCCACAGUGCUUCAGCCUCGAACACAAACCUCCUCCCCAGGCAUGUUUGUCAGGGAGUCCUCCUGCAGCAGCUGUUUCCUCCCCUCACAGCCCUGA